UCCAUCAAAUUACUCCACUAACUCCAUCAAAUGUUCAAAUGUUGUUGUUUUGAGGCCAACUCUUCACUCUUGCGACUUUCACACGCCACAACUGUUAGCUGUUGUAAAAUUAUUAAAGAAUAAAUAAUAUAACGUAACUGAAGACAGAAUGUUGUUGUACUAACUACAAUUACUUACUUAGCAAAUCCUGCGAUUCGUCGGGAUACGGAAAUUGACGAUUGGCAAAAUACUGUUUACAAAUAUUUACAAUUGAUUGCACGUUAUAAUUGGGUUCAGUCAGGAUGGAUUCAAAUUAUGAAUUUGAACGCAGUGCUCGACUUUCCUUUGAGUUUCAAGCAGGUCCUCGUCGUCAAUCGUAUCGACCUGCUGGUGGGGAACAUAGACAGGGUGAGGACAACUACAACAACAAUCGAUUUGACCUCUUAGGAGACGCACCUGCUGGUUCAGCAUCAUCUUAUGGUGAAAAUAAUCACAAUCUUCAAGUUCGUGACAUGAUGGGCAGAGAUGAGUACAAUAUUAUGAACAGCGGGGACAGAAAAACGUCCCAGUUUCCCGAAUGGACGACUGUCAAUGACCGAGUCGAUUUUAUUAGGCGAGGAUUUAAUUACACUGACAAUAAUAUAGACAUUUCAUCAGCUAUCUCUUUACCACAGCAGCAGCGUUCCAAUCCCAUCGGAUCGGCAAACUUUUCGUCCAUUUUUGAAAUGGCAGCAGAGCUCGUGGCGCAAAAGCUGGAAGCCAAGUUUCCACAACCUUCUGCCCCGAUUCAGCUCCUUAUCCCUGCUGGUAUGGGUGGAAAUUUAGCGUUUGCUGGACCCUCUUCAACGGCUCCUACAACAGAAUUAAUCACAGGAGUGGUCACACAAGUUCAGGACACUUUCGGAAUGAUAAGUGGUGAUGUGUUCUUCUUAUUCAAUACGGUAACUGGUGACAGACCGAGCCUUGGAGAUAAAGUGGUUGUUGAAGCGUUUCCCGUGUCUGGAAUGCCUUUCAAGUUUAAUGCAAAAAGGGUACAAGUUGUCUCUCAAGACUUCACCCCAAAUAAUAUCAGCUCAUCAAAAUCUGGUACUGAUGCCUCGCUUAAUUUCGGCCCACUCCCUAAAAUGCCUAGUUCUCUCAAUCUUCUUCACAAAUCAAAACAGUCUAAAUCAAGUUCAACCCAUCCUGAGCAAAGACAACAUCGACGGCACUCCUCUAAAGAUAAGAAAGCUUUAACUCAUUCCAGCACGAAAAUAACGCAGUCAAAUUAUCGAACUGCUGGUGGAACGCUCUCAAUCGAUUUGAGAGACGAAAAUCCAGUGAUAACGAAAGAUUUUGAGAGACAACAGCAAGAAAAUAGACGUAAUCGUGACCUAAGACUACAAUUAAGGACACCCUCGCCAAAAUUAUCAAAAAAACGACCCAAAUCGAGAUCUAAAUCGCCUAAAAAACCGAAAGAGCUUGAACUAUUUUCAAUCCGUAAGAAAAGACGAUCGCGAAGCCGCAGUAAUAGUUCGGAAAGGUCCGAUCGUCAUAAGAAGGCAAGAAGACGAACAAAUUCAAAAAGUCCAAUUAGGAGACGGCGGUCUAUUUCACCUAAAAGAAACAGAAAGGGAUUAGAAAAAGGCAAGAAAGAUUUGAAUCUGGAAAAAUCAAUCAGGCAAGCCGAUGGAACUUCAAACCACAAAAUCCAGACAAAAUCCAGGCACGGUUCAGCUGACAGACGGCCAAAACGUCCCCCACGCACGUUAGCAUCAAUAAUUCGUUAUCAUAUUUCGACACCACCUCCUGAAGAGGAACGUUUUGUGCCAAAUCCCUGUGCCAAAAAUGCUGUUCCAAUCUCGCUUCCGCCGGUACAAAUUCAGAAUCAGCAGCCUAUUAGCGGUGGGCCAUCUGUACUGUAUUUACACAACCCAAGUUUUGAUCCACCUGUACAGCUGCAAUCUAAAUUAGAAAGACCAUUCAGUUCUGGGGAUGGACUGAAAAACAAGGUCGCACGCGACUCUGAAAGGGAUAAUGUGCUGCAUAAAUUCAGUGCAGAAAAAUCUUCUCUGGGUUCUCUCGAUAGAUUUCUAAACGAAAGAAAAUUAUCAGAAAUUGAAGCACAAAGAAAAAAACUUCAAGCCCAGAAAAAGGCUUUAGAGUCAGAGAUAAAGAAAUCGAGGAAGGAAGGCGCAAUUAAAUCCAAUAAAAUUUCUAUUGCUGGUACAUCAAAGAAGCACCAACUGAAAGAACGCGAGGCUCAUCGGAAAGAAGAAGAACGAAGCAAACGUGGAACGGAAGGGCCUGUUAGGCGUGUCGAAAUAGAUGAAAUUAGCCACUCGUCAAGAACUGCUAAAAAAGUUGAAUGGAUAACUCCAGCUCAACUGCAAACUAUCAGCGGAAGACCUGAAACAGGGAAUCAAGGUAGAGUGCGUAUAGAUGAUCGUGACAAAGGGAUUCGGUGGGAACUUCCUCACAGCAGAAGAACAACUUUUAUUACUGAUGUAGAACGGCAGGAGGAAGAGUUGUCAGAACGAGAGAAAAAAGUUUUAGAAAGAAUGUGGCUUAUUCAAUCACAGCGUAGGGACAGGAAUUGAUCGAUAUCAUAUUAGGUUAAAUAAUUUGUAAAGAAUCCAUGAAUUCUUCUACAAAUAAAUAAUUUGUUCAUUGCUGAUUUA